AUGGAAAAUUGCUACUGGCCAAUCCUCAAUCACACCGACGAACCGCUGUGGCUCCUCCCUCCCGCCUCCACUUCCGCCCCCAAAAGCCAUAGCGAAGUCGAGAAACGCCGCAGAGACAGAAUCAACGCUCAGCUCUCCACUCUCCGCAAACUCAUCCCCAAAUUCGAAAAGAUGGACAAGGCGGCGCUAUUGGGGCACGUGGUGGAUCACGUGAAGGAGCAGCGGCAGAGGACGAAGGAGGCGAUCAAAAUCAGCAGCGGCGUGCCGAGCGAGAUCGACGAGGUGAUCAUCGAUCAGAUUGAAGACGGAUCGGAGCAGAUCAAGGCACGGAUCGGAGCAGAUCAAGGCGUCGAUCGGCCGGAGCUCUUCGCAGAGAUCGGGAGCGCGCUGAAAGCGCUGGAAGCCACCAUUGUCGAAGCCGACAUACACCAGCACCCUCACCAGAAUCCCCUAAUUAAAAUAUGA